CAACUACCCGCCAAAUGGUGCUGCUCGUCGACAAGUACCGUCCCAGGACGCUCGAUGGGCUGGACCACGGCGCUUCGCUCAGCGCGUCGUUGAAGCGGCUCGUCGCCGGCGGUGACUUUCCGCACAUGCUCGUCUACGGACCGUCGGGCGCGGGCAAGAAGACGCGGGUGAUGGCGCUCCUGCGGGAGCUGCACGGGCCAUCGGCGGAGAAGCUGCGGGUCGAGAGCCGCACCUUCAAGAUCGGCACCCACAAUGUUGAGCUCACGCUACUCUCCUCGCCGCAUCACAUCGAGCUGAACCCGUCUGAUGCCGGCAAUCGUGACCGCGAGGUGGUGCAGGAGGUGAUCAAGGAGAUUGCGCAGACCGCGCCGGUCGUCGGCGCCGCCGCUGACGGCCAGCGCGCCUUCAAGGUUGUCGUGCUCAACGAGGUCGAGCGGCUGAGCAAGCCAGCGCAGCACGCGCUGCGCCGCACGAUGGAGAAGUACGUCUCGACCUGCCGGCUGCUGCUCAUCUGCACCAACCCGUCCAAGGUGAUCGCUCCGAUCCGGUCCCGCUGCAUGUGCCUGCGCGUCGCGGCGCCGACGCACGACGAGAUCUGCACCGUCCUCGGAUCGGUUGCCCAAAAGGAGGGGCUCAAGCUGCCUGCGGGGCUCGCCAUGCGCAUCGCCACCGCGAGCGAGCGGAACCUGCGGCGAGCGAUCCUCACCCUCGAGGCGUGCAAGGUUGCUCAGUACCCCUUCACCGACAACCAGCCGCUGCAGCAGCCCGACUGGCUCGCCUACAUUGACGCAGUCGCACUCGACGUGCUCCACGAGCAGUCGCCGCGCCAGCUCCUCAAGGUGCGCGGCCGGCUGUACGAGCUCAUCAGCUCGUGCAUCCCGCCCGACCUCAUCUUCCAGCAGCUCACCAUCGCCUUGCUCAAGCGCUGCCCCAAGCCGGUCCAGCACGAGGCGCUACACCACGCCGCAAUCUACGAGCACCGGCUCCAGGCGGGCCAGAAGGCGGUCUUCCACCUCGAGGCCUUCCUCGCCCGCUUCAUGUCCGUCUACAAGAAGCACAUGGUGAUGUCGCAGCGCUGAGACCGACCGCGUCCCCGCCCCUGUGCUCCUUCCGCCGCCGGACCAUGUGGGCGCCUGUGGCUCGAGGAAGACGAGACAACCCCGGCGCUUCGGCCCCGCUUUGUUUGUGCAUGUCUCGUGACUGCUGUCGCUCCUGUGCCUAAGCUGUGUGUUCGCAGUGUUGCUGAGGCGUGAGGCCAGUGUGAGAAAAAUGGCGCGAGACGU